CCGGUUAACGUUUUGCGCGAGUAGAUGUGUAUUUACAAAACCCUAAUAUAUAAGGCACAUCGUCUUCUCCCCUGCUGAAACCUAGCCUUUCCGAUUGCAGCUGUUCGUCCGUGUCAGAGUAGCGAUUAGGUAGAGGACUUUGCAAUGGCUCCGAAAGCUGACCUCACCAAAAAGGCUGACCCUAAGGCACAAGCCUUGAAAACUGCCAAGGCAGUAAAAUCGGGUCCAACAUUUAAGAAGAAAGCGAAGAAAAUCAGAACGUCUGUCACAUUUCACCGUCCAAAGACAUUGAAGAAGGAAAGAAAUCCGAAGUAUCCACGAAUUAGUGCUACUCCAAGGAACAAGUUGGACCAGUAUCAGAUUCUUAAAUACCCUUUGACUACUGAGUCUGCAAUGAAGAAGAUCGAGGACAAUAAUACUUUGGUUUUCAUUGUGGACAUUCGUGCUGAUAAGAAGAAGAUCAAGGAUGCCGUGAAGAAGAUGUAUGACAUCCAGACCAAGAAAGUGAACACGUUGAUCAGGCCUGAUGGAACCAAGAAGGCAUAUGUAAGGCUGACUCCCGAUUAUGAUGCUUUGGAUGUUGCAAACAAGAUUGGAAUCAUCUAAGGCUUUCGUUUUUGUUUGAGAAAAUUGAAUAUCUUUCGCAGUGACAAUUUUGAUUUAUGGAAUGACCUCCAUUUUCUCUAGCAAUCAGUAAGUUGUUUUUUCACCAAGCUGCUGCAACGCUUGUUGGCUUGUGAAUGGUAGGGUUUGUGGUUGAAUGUAAUAGAAGUCUGCAGUUCUUUACUUCACCUAUUUUCCUCAUUUCCACUAACAAUAUAAUCUGAAGACUGGUUUUUCAUGA